GUGGUUACUAUAAAAAUAACAUUAAAAGCAUCUGAACAUUCAGGCAGCUGAGAAGGCAAAAUAUGUUUUUUUUUUGGUAAAAAAGUAGAAAUGUCCGUGGACUUUCAUUUCCCUGACAGUCUUCGCUGAGGGAAUUGCGGACCGUGAACCCGCUGUUACCGCUUCCUGGUCCAUUUAGCUUUGUGCUGUGAGUCUUUAAUGUUGUUCCAUUAUAUUUUUUGAAACAGCUAAGAGAAACAGCUUUAAAUCCGAAUGUGAACUUGUGAACAAGAAACUACAAGAAAAACAACCAGCGAGUCGACUGUUGGUUUGUGUAUAAUGUCAGCUGUCACUAAUACAUUUGAAAAUGUGAAAGCAGUUAUCUUAUCAGCUCAUAAGAGCACCACAUCAGCAGAAAAGGUCAACUUCUACAACUCCUGGGCAAAGAACUAUGAUCAGGAUGUGGCUGUCCUGGACUACCGUGCACCAAGCCUGGCAGCAAACAGCAUCUCCUCCCAUUUCAGCGGCGACCGUGAUGCAGCUGUCGUGUUGGAUGUGGCCUGUGGUACAGGACUGGUGGCCAAACAGAUGAAGAGACAUGGAUUUUGUCAUUUUGUGGGUAUUGAUGGAAGCGAGGCAAUGUUGGAGUCGGCCAGAGAGAGCGGGCUGUACAAGGAUCUGAAGCAGUGCAUGCUGGGAGAGGAGCCACUACCUGUCCAGUGCGGUUACUUUGAUGUAGUUGUGAUCGUUGGAGCACUGAGUGUUGGUCAGGUCCCGGUUGGUGCAGUCAGAGAGUUCUGCAAGUCCACCAAACCAGGUGGCUACGUUUGCAUGACAACCAGAAGUAACCGUGACAAUGUGGACUACAAAGCCGCCCUGGAGCGUGAGUUGAAGCAGAUGGAGGAAGAGGGGCUCUGGACAUGUGUAGAAGUUGCAGAGGUGGAUGACUGGGAGAGAGCGGUGUCAGAGCUUGAGGACGGCUACAUAUCUGGUGCAGUGUACCUGUAUAAGAAAAUGUAGCACAGUGCAUUACAAUGUAGAUGUGACAUCACACCAGCAAUUCAAAGCAGCAUUAUGCGAGAAGAUGCAAAAUAUGACUUACAUUGCACUUCAAAAAUGAGGUUUUGACACUUUCAGUCUCUUAAACACCCAAAGUUGAAAAUGUGAACCUGCACUUGCGGAUGCAAAUGUAAUACUUGAAAUAUUCAUGACUAAAUGUUUGAAUUUUGAAUGUUUAACAAUGUCCAUGUUACAUGCAUAGGAAUGUUGCAGUGAAAUUGGUAUUGGAAAAAUGCUUUUUGUCCUCUUCAUAAACAGAUACAGAUGUACAGUAUCGUGUGGAUAUGUAGUAAAGUCUUCCUAAUAGAAAGUGAUUGCAUAAACAAGAGAAAUGUGUAAUAAAUGAAGGUGUAACUAUGUCUGUUUA